UAUUCGCUCGCAGGUGCCAAAAUCUAGUCAGUUCAAAUAAUAUUUCGCCCAAAUUCAGUUCCUCCAGUGUUCUCCUGGCUAGCCUAUUAUACCCUAUUUUCUUCUGGUUAUCGUAUUUUUGGAGCUGUUCAGAUCUGUGGGGCUGUUAAAAAAUGGGGGAUUCGUGUGUGGAGUGCACUAAAUGGGCUGAAGAAAUUUACUGGACUCGUUUUCAAGACAUCCACUUUUCUCAGAUUAUGGCCUCUGGUUUCGAUCGGCAUCUGGCCAUUCCCAAAAAGUUUUCCAGUAGCCUAAGAGAGAAAUUGCCAGAAUGUGUGACCCUUAAAGGUCCUGGUGGUGGUACUUGGAGUGUAGGAGUAACAACCACCGGUGACACGUUGUACUUCAAACAUGGCUGGCAAGAGUUUGUGAAUGAUCACGGUUUGGCAGAGAAUGAUUUGUUGAUCUUUAAGUAUAGUGGGAAGUCUGUUUUUGAGGUUCUUAUAUUCAAUGGACAAAAUAUGUGUGAGAAGGAAUUUUCAUAUUUUGUGAAGAUUUGUGGGCAUAAAAAGGAUGAUCAUGGUACCUUGAGUAAGAAGGUAUCCAGGAGAACUUCUUGUGAUGAAACCAACAAUGACUCUUUUGAGAAUGUUGAAUGCACUCAGGUGAAAAAGUCUAGGAAUUUUGAUGGUCUGUGGCUACAAUCAGGAGACCAAGUUAUCAGCCUGAGCAAUGAUAAGGGGGGUCACAGAAAAUCUACUGUUCGUCGUCGCAUAGUAUCCAACAAUAACGAUGGCAGCUUGGUACCAUCAGGAGAGGCAUUCGACUUCCCAAAUACUGAUGAGGCUGGCAUGAACUCCACUUCUACUCGCCCCGUAAGAACCACACGCAGUCACAAUACACUUAACGAAGGAUCCUCCCCUGUCAGUGGGGAAUUGGUGUACGUCUCCGAUGCUGAACAUACACCUACCAAAAAAUCUGGACCAUAUGGUGUGCAGUAUUCAUCAAAUAGAAGGCCUGUAACUGAAGAUGAGAAAAACUUUGCCUUGCAGUUGGCGCAUUCUCAAAUUUUAGAAUCAAACAGUGAGGGCUUAAUAGUAGUCAUGAAACCCUCACAUGUGUACAAGAGAUUCUUUGUGUUACUCCCUACUGACUGGGUCAUGAAAUAUAUCUCUUUGGAAAACCAAGAUGUAUUUCUACGAUAUGGAGAGAGAGAAUGGCGUACAAGGUUUAACUACAACCAGCUUCGCAAAUCUGCGGCGCUCUCUUCUGGUUGGAAUCAUUUUGCUACAGACAACAACUUGGAAGAAUAUGAUGUGUGCGUGUUUCAGCCCGGUAGUCCUGUUAAUGACUCAUUUUGCUUGGAUGUUAAAAUUUUUCGGGUUGUCGAAGAGAUUACUCCUCUGACUACAAUCAGUUCUUCAUCAAGAAAGUACAAAAGGAAAUUGAUCAAGAUGGAUGGGCAAUCUAUUGUUUAGUGUGUUUUUAGUUACGUUUCUAGUUGUUUCUUUUGAUAUGUCUCCGGCAGACUUUGGUUUCCAGCAGUUGUACUUUGCUAACGUGGUUAAAUACUGUUUGAUGUUUUCAUAAUAUUAAUGCUUAUUUUUCGUUGUAUGUGGUUAAAGAUCGAGCAGAAGAGGAAGAGUAUAUUCUGAUUGAAACAGAUAACAAGGCUUUUGUCUUGUACCCAAAUUAAACUGGAGACAUAAUCUGAUUUCGAUUUAAAUCCAUAAUUUAGGGUAAGUUUGGUGAACCGUAUAAGCACCUUUUGUAUUGUAUAACUUUAUUACAAUACAAUAUUUGGGAUACAUAUUGUAUUGUAUGUAUAAUCUAUCAUAAUACUUUAAUGCAAUACAACUUGCAAAAA